UUUUGAAGCUUCUACGCUACUCUCUUUCUUUGUUUGUUAUUUUUUGUUCGAAAGCCGGCCAUGAAGAUCAGGUCUUGGCUCUCAACUUGCACCACCUCUACCGCCACAAACGCCGCCGUGCCGCACACUUCCAAACACUCGGUUUCCGAUCAAAGCAGUGUCUUCGAUAUGGCCACGUCAUCAUCAUCUUCAGCUUCGAGUAGCAACAACAGCAGUCCCAGCAUCCAAAGCAAUCUCUCUCUCCAAACACUUCCGUCUGUUCCUUCACUCCAGACAUCACUCUCUGCCGAAACCCUAACUGUCUCUUACGCUUGCCUCGCCUCUCUCGAACCGUGUUUGCCUAAGCAGCCGAUCACUUGCGUCGCGGUCCACCAAAGCCUUCUGUACGUAGCUUCCGCCCACGAAUUCAAUGUCUACGAUCGGACCGCGAACUACUCCCAUCUCGAUGCGUUCAACGGCAAUGAUAGUUCCUCCGGUUCCAUUAAGGCCGUUGUCUUCACCGACGGUAAACUAUUCACGGCGCACCAGGAUUGUAAAAUCCGAGUCUGGCGGGUGUCAACGACGGCAAAGACUAAAACUAACAAACGGUACAAGCUGUUGACUACACUCCCUACCGUUAACGACCGAUUACGGCGUUUCAUUCUCCCUAAGAACUACGUCAACGUCCGUCGUCACAAGAAACGUCUCUGGAUUGAACACUCCGACGCCGUUACUGGCCUCGCCGUUAACAACGGUAUGAUCUACUCCGUUUCUUGGGAUAGAAGUUUGAAGAUUUGGCGGACAUCCGAUCUCCGUUGCGUCGAGUCCGUUAAAGCACACGACGACGCAAUCAACGCCAUAGCCGUUUCGCCAGACGGAACCGUUUACACCGGGUCGGCGGAUAAACGGAUUCGGGUAUGGGCAAAGCCCGAGGGAGAGAAGCGUCACGCGCUGGUAGCGACCAUAGAAAAACACAAAUCGGCAGUGAACGCGCUAGCUCUAAACGACGACGGAUCGGUGCUGUUUUCGGGGUCGUGUGACCGUUCGAUCUUGGUGUGGGAGAGAGAGGACAGCGCAAAUCAUAUGGCGGUGAGUGGCGCGCUUAGGGGGCACGAAAGAGCGAUACUGUGUUUAUUCAACGUCUCUGAUUUGUUGCUGAGUGGGUCUGCUGAUCGGACGGUUAGGAUCUGGCGACGUGGAGAUGAAGGAAGGUAUUGUUGUUUGGGUGUUUUGGGAGGGCAUGCGAAACCGGUGAAAUCGUUGGUGGCGGUAAUGGAAGAAAGGGAUUCAAACGGUGUCGUUUUGAACCUUUUUAGUGGAAGCUUAGAUGGGCAGACUAAGGUGUGGCAGGUUCUAGUUUCCAGACCCAAUAGCGUCACUGCAACUAUAUCUUAAUAAAAUCAAUUAAUUUGACAUAAAAUCAAGAAAUGUAUAUGUAUUUUAUAUUUUGUACUUGGGAUCUCGUCAUCCAUUAUUUUGUGCAUGAUUUUUGAAAUGCAAAAAUAUUUUUUUUAUAUUUAUUUAAAUUAUUGUUAUGUAAAGCUAUGGAUAAUUCUUGGGACGUAUCGCGAUUUUAUCGUGACAGUGUUAAAAUUUUCCUAUAAAAUAUUUGAUAAUAAUAUUGUGGGCCUUUUUCUUUU